CAAAGUUGUGGAGAAUCAGCUCAGGCCAGGCAAUGGCUUAAACGUACGCGUAAGCGCGUCCACGCCCAGAAGAUCUUCCCGAGGAUAGAUCGCAACAGCCUUGACUUAAGUAGUAAAGAUGGGUCAAGCACCAAGUGGAAACGCAGGAAGGCCAGGAAAAGAUCAGAACAAGAAAGACCAACAGAAGAAAUGGGAACCUCCAUUGCCUACACGAGUAGGUAAGAAGAAGAAGCGUGGACCAGAUGCGGCCACAAAGCUACCAGUCGUUCAUCCAAAUACAAGAUGUAGAUUGAAGCUACUAAAGCUGGAGCGGAUCAAAGAUCACUUGCUGCUAGAAGAAGAAUUUGUACAAAAUCAAGAACGUCUUAAACCACAAGAGGAUAAAGCACAGGAAGAACGAUCAAGAGUGGAUGAUAUGCGGGGAGAUCCAAUCAUGGUAGGAUCGCUUGAGGAAAUCAUCGAUGAAGAUCACGCAAUCGUCAGUAGCGCCACUGGACCAGAACACUACGUUAGUAUUAUGAGCUUUGUCGAUAAGGAUCUAUUGGAACCGGGAUGUACUGUGCUUUUACAUCACAAGUCUAUGGCAGUAGUCGGCGUUUUGGGAGAAGAUACUGAUCCGAUGGUCAGCGUGAUGAAAUUGGACAAAGCACCAGCAGAGAGUUAUGCAGACGUGGGUGGAUUGGAACAACAGAUUCAAGAGAUCAAAGAAGCUGUCGAAUUACCGCUCACGCAUCCCGAACUAUACGAAGAGAUGGGUAUCAAACCUCCAAAGGGUGUGAUCUUGUACGGUGUACCUGGUACAGGAAAGACACUAUUAGCCAAAGCUGUUGCCAAUCAAACAUCGGCGACUUUCUUGCGUAUCGUUGGAUCUGAAUUGAUUCAAAAAUACCUUGGUGACGGACCGAAACUUGUUCGUGAACUAUUCAGAGUGGCAGAAGAACAUGCACCCAGUAUUGUCUUUAUCGACGAAAUUGAUGCAAUCGGUACAAAACGUUAUGAUUCUAGUUCAGGUGGUGAGCGUGAAAUUCAGAGAACAUUGUUGGAAUUGCUUAAUCAAUUGGAUGGUUUCGAUACAAGAAGUGAUGUCAAGAUUAUCAUGGCAACCAACAAGAUCGAAAGCUUGGACCCUGCUCUCAUUCGACCUGGACGUAUUGACCGAAAGAUUGAAUUCCCUAUGCCGGAUGAAAAGACAAAGAUGCAUAUCUUCCGUUUGCAUACAAGUAGAAUGAAUUUGGAUGCAGAUGUGAAGUUGGAAGAAUUUGUUGCAAUGAAGGAUGAAUUGAGCGGAGCAGAUAUCAAGAGUUUGGUAACUGAAGCGGGUCUUUUGGCUCUACGAGAGCGAAGAAUGCGUGUUACAAAGAAAGAUUUCACAACUGCACGCGAACGUGUGAUCGAUAGGAAGCAAGGCAGUGAACCUGCUGGUCUUUACUUGUAGAAUAUUAAACCUUAUAGCAAAUUUCAUCUACCAUUUACCAUUAUAGCCAGAAUGUUUUCUGUUCUCGCCAUCCCAAAGCUAUGGUGCGGAUAGGAAGAGUGAAAUGGAUUGUAGUUGUAGCACUUGACUGUGCGCACG